AUGGCGGCGGCGGCGGAGCGGGGCCGCCUCAGCUUCCCGGGCGGUGCCGGGGCCUUGGGGCGGCCCGUGCCUAUGAACCUCUUCGCCACCUGGGAAAUCGACGGUUCCAGCCCCAGCUGCGUGCCCAGGUUGUGCAGCUUGACACUAAAGAAACUGGUAGUCUUAAAGGAAUUGGAUAAGGAGCUUAUUUCUGUGGUCAUUGCUGUCAAAAUGCAGGGCUCCAAGCGCAUCCUGCGGUCUCAUGAGAUCGUGUUGCCGCCGAGUGGACACGUGGAGACGGAGCUUGCACUGACCUUCUCGCUGCAGUACCCUCACUUCUUGAAGAGAGAAGGCAACAAGCUUCAGAUCAUGCUGCAGCGGCGGAAGCGAUACAAGAACCGAACCAUUCUAGGCUACAAGACUCUGGCUGUGGGGUCUAUCAACAUGGCUGAGGUCAUGCAGCACCCCACAGAAGGUGGCCAGGUACUGAGCCUUUUCAGCAACAUCAAAGAAGCUGCAGUAAAGGUAGCAGAAAUCUGGAUCUUCUCCUUGUCAAGUCAACCAAUUGACCAUGAAGACAGCAGUAUGCAGGCCAGCCAGAAAAUCAAGUCUACAGAUAACUAUUCUGAGGAGGAGUACGAGAGCUUCUCUUCUGAGCAGGAGGCCAGUGACGAUGCCGUGCAGGGCCAGGAUUUGGAUGAUGAUGAGUACGAGCUGGGGAAGCCCAAGAAGCAGCGGAGAUCGAUAGUAAGAACGACGUCCAUAACCAGGCAACAGAACUUCAAGCAGAAGGUUGUGGCAUUGCUGAAGAGAUUUAAAGUGUCUGAUGAGGUUCUGGAUUCAGAGCAGGACCCUGCAGAGCACGUUCCAGAGGUGGAGGAGGACUUGGACCUUCUCUAUGACACACUGGAUAUAGAGAACCCCAGUGACAGUGGGCCAGAAAUGGAAGAUGAUGACAGUGUUUUGAGCACUCCAAAGCCAAAGUUAAAACCUUAUUUUGAAGGACUGUCACACUCCAGCUCUCAGACAGAAAUCGGUAGCAUCCACAGCAUCAGGAGCCAGAGAGAGCCAUCAAGUCCUCAGGUAGAAGUGCCUGAAAAGACAAAGAGUCUUGGAACCAAACACACAGACGACAGUAUUUCUGACACUGUCUCUUUUGAGUCUAACCAGCAAGCUGAGGUCCAAGAAGCAGAACUUCCCGCACCAGAUGUGUUUGUUGAGAAGCUCCCACCCAGCGGGAAGAUCACCAAGACGGAGUCCCUCAUUAUCCCAUCCACCAGCAGGUCUGAAGGGAAGCAAACUGGACGUCGGGGAAGAAGCACAUCUCUGAAAGAGAGGCAGCCAGUGAGGCCACAGAAUGAAAGAGCAAACAGCCUGGACAAUGAACGAUCUCCAGACACCCGGCACCACUUACAGAUCCCCAGGAAAACUGUGUAUGACCAACUAAAUCACAUCCUGGUUUCUGACGACCAGCUGCCAGAAAACAUUAUUCUUGUCAAUACUUCAGAUUGGCAAGGACAGUACCUGUCAGAUGUCUUACAAAAGCAUACCUUGCCAGUGGUCUGUACAUGUUCCUCAGCUGAUAUUCAAGCAGCUUUCAGCACUAUUGUCUCCAGGAUACAGCGAUACUGUAACUGCAACUCUCAGCCUCCAAGCCCAAUGAAAAUUGCAGUGGCCGGAGCCCAGAAUUACCUCAGUGCUGUGUUGAGGCUCUUUGUAGAGCAGCUGUCUCACAAAACCCCAGACUGGCUUGGCUACAUGAGAUUUUUGAUCAUCCCUCUAGGCUCUCAUCCAGUGGCCAAGUAUCUGGGGUCUGUAGAUUAUAGAUACAACAACUUCUUCCAAGAUGUAGCCUGGAGAGAUCUGUUCAACAAACUUGAAGCACAGACCACUGUUGCAGAAACGCUUGAUGUUGUCUCCCGAAUAACGCAGUACAUAGCAGGGGCAAACUGUGCGCACCAGUUGCCCAUUGCCGAAGCGAUGCUGACGUACAAGCAGAAAAGCCCUGACGAGGAAUCUUCGCAGAAGUUCAUUCCCUUCGUUGGGGUGGUGAAAGUUGGAAUAGUGGAACAAUCUUCUGCGACGUCAGGUGACUCUGAUGAUGCAGCUCCCUCAAGCUCCAGUGUCCUUUCUUCUACCCCACCUUCUGUGUCUCCUGCUGUGAAAGAAGCCUCCCCCACACCACCUUCCUCACCGUCUGUCACAGGCAGCUUCUCAUCCUCAAGCCAGGGCCUUGGUGCUGAGCUGAUGGGCCUGCAGGUGGAUUACUGGAUUGCAGCUCCACCCAUGGACAGAAAGAGAGACCCGGAGAAGAAGGACCCUUCCACUACCAAAAACACACUGAAAUGCACUUUCCGGUCCCUCCAGGUCAGCAGGUUACCUGCCAGCGGGGAGAUCGCCACCACUCCAACCAUGUCCAUGACUGUCGUGACAAAGGAGAAGAACAAGAAAGUGAUGUUUUUACCCAAGAAAACAAAAGACAAGGAAGUUGAGUCAAAGAGCCAGUGCAUUGAAGGAAUCAGCAGGUUGAUUUGCACAGCGAAGCAUCAGCAGAACAUGCUGCGGGUCCUGAUUGACGGAGUGGAGUGGAACGACGUCAAGUUCUUUCAACUGGCAGCACAGUGGUCCUCUCAUGUCAAGCACUUUCCCAUCUGCAUAUUUGGGCACUCCAAAUCUAACUUCUAGCCACGCUCGGAGGGACCUCUGUCCAUCCCAGGGACUGCACACCAGGAGCCAGGAACUGCGUGCCAACUCGACUCGCAUCACUCUGCCCUCUCCUGCAGAAUUAAUUACAGAUGUGCUUGGAUUA